AGGUCUGGAGAAGGGAAGAUUGUGGAGCGUUUCUCUCGGGAUCUCAUGUGCGAGAACUGCGCAGCCGGGACGGGGACUUCGCGUGGCCUGGAGCUUUGCUGAGAGCUGCGUUCUUGUGGCGGUGGCGGAAGUGCUGAAUCUUCACCGUCCUCUACAUUGUCCCAAAAACUACCAAAAAUGAACAUAUCUAAGAUUGAUGAGAAAUGUGCUUUCACAGACAUCAGUGUCAUUCAGGGACGUGACCGUGGAGUUUACCCUGGAGGAGUGGCAGUGUAUGAGCUCUGCUCAGAAGACCCUGUACAGAGAUGUGAUGCUGGAGAACUACAGCCUCCUUGUCUCAUCAGGGUAUUGUUUAACAAAACCAGAUGUAAUCGUCAAGUUGGAGCAAGAUGAUCCAUUGUUGUUAGAGGAAGAGAUUCUAAGCAAGAGCCAUGCAGACUGCAAACUUGAUAACCUCUUAGAGAAAAGCCUGGCAAAUCAAGGAAAAUAUUUGCAGCAAGACUUUUUUACUCAACUUCAGAAUACAGACACAGGUGAGAAAACUUUCAGCCAGAAGUCACACUGCAGAGAACAUCAGAGCACUCACUCAGAAAUAAAGCCCUUUGAAAUUGGAAGUAACUUAAGCCCUAAUGCAGCCCUUACCAUAUCCCAGAAACUUGACACAAAGAGGAGCUUCUGUGAUGAUACCAUAUUUUGGCAAACCUUAUACCCUCAGACUACCUUUACUGUACAUCAGAGAACUCAAAUGAGUGUGAAACCCUAUGAAGAAUGUGGAAAAUCCUUCUCUAGGAAGUCAUACCUCAUUGGACAUCAGAGAACUCAUAGUGGGGAGAGACCUUAUGCAUGCAAUGAAUGUGAGAAAACUUUUACCCACAUGUCAUACCUCAGAGAACAUCAGAGAAGUUGCAUAGGGGAGAAACCCUAUGAAUGUAUUGAAUGUGGGAAAGCUUAUGGCCAUAAAUCAACCCUAAAAAGACAUCAGAGAACUCACACAGGGGAGAAACCCUAUGAGUGUAGUAAAUGUGGAAAAGCCUUCUAUAGAAAUUCUCACCUCACUGAGCAUCAGAAAAGUCACGCAGGGGAGAAACGCCACGAAUGUACUGAAUGUGGGAAAGCUUUUACCCACAUAUCAUACCUCAGAAAACAUCAGAGACGUCACACAGGGGCGAAACGCUAUGAAUGUGGUGAGUGUGGAAAAUCUGUCUGUAGGAAGUCAUACCUCAUUGUGCAUCAGAGAAUUCACACAGGGGAGAAAGCCUAUGACUGUAAUAAAUGUGGGAAAACUUUUAGACAUAAGUCAUCCCUAAAAAUACAUCAGCGUACUCACACGGGAGAGAAACCCUACGAGUGUAAUAAAUGUGGAAAAUCCUUCAAUAGAAAAAGUUACCUCAGUGAUCAUCAGAGAAGUCACACAGGGGAGAAACCCUAUGAUUGUAAUAAAUGUGGAAAAUCCUUCCAUAGAAAGAGUUACCUCACUGAGCAUCACAGAAUUCACACUGGGGAGAAACCCUAUGAGUGUAACAGAUGUAGAAAAUCCUUCUAUAGAAAGUCUUACCUCGUUCUGCAUCAGAGAAAUCACACAGGGGAGAAACCCUAUGAGUGUAACAAAUGUGGAAAGUCCUUCUAUACAAAGUCUUACCUCACUGAGCAUCAGAGAAGUCACACAGGGGAGAAACCCUAUGAGUGUAACAAAUGUGGAAAGUCCUUCUAUAGAAAGACUAACCUCACUGAGCAUCAGAGAAGUCACACAGGGGAGAAACCCUAUGAGUGUAACAAAUGUGGAAAGUCUUUCUAUAGAAAGUCUAACCUCAUUGAGCAUCAGAGAAAUCAUACAGGGGAGAAACCCUAUGUAUGUAUUCAGUGUGGGAAGGCUUUUAACUGGAAGUCAUUACUAAAUAGACAUCAGAGAAUUCACACUGGGGAGAAACCCUAUGGAUGUAAUGAAUGUCGGAAAGUUUUCACCUAUAAAGUCAACCUCAGGUUACAUCAGAGGGUCCACACAUGAGAGAAACCCUAUGAAUGUAAUAUGUGUGAAAUAUCUCUCUCUAGGAAGUUUCACUUCACUCAGCAUCAGAGAAUUCACACAGGACAGAAAUCUUAGGAGUGUAACAAGGGUGGAAAAUCCUUCAAGAGAAAUUCUCAUCUACCUCUGCAUCAUAGAAUUCACACGGGAGAAACCCUGUGAAUG